GUAAUAAUAUUUUACCUACGGUAUAAAUUAUACUUUUAAAUACUUUAUACUCUUUUUCUUUACUGUACUCUGUAGUAAUAGGCAGCUAUUACUAGUGACUGCGGCUUGCCUUAAAAUUAUUGUAAUUUGCAACUUGAGUUACAAUUAACUAUUUAGGUAUUUAAAUGAUUGAAGAGAAUUCUAACCUUUACAAUGUCUAGUAUAUCUAAAAGAAGAAAAGAAGGGUCAAAAGGCAAUAUAAAGAGUGUGGGAGACCAUCAGGAGUUUUUAAAAAGGAUUUCUAAGACACUAUACUACGGGCAGCUACCCACUCUAACAUGCUUAAGCCUUCCAGUCACAGAAAUAUCAUGUGAGGUGUGGUCAAUGGCUCAAAGAGGACACUCUGUACGGCGGCUGCAUGCAGACCAAGCAGCAAGCAUAGCUCAUUCUGCCUGUGUUUCACCAUGUGCACUUGUUCUUGCAAUCCUGUAUUUAGAGCGACUCAAACUUUGCAAUCCUGACUACUUAACUGCAACUUCUCCAGCUGAUCUAUUUCUAGUCUCUUUGAUGGUUAGUAACAAGUUUCUCCAAGAUGAUGGUGAAGAUGAUGAAGUGAUAUGUUCUGAAUGGGCUGCCUCUGGAGGGCUUGAUCUUCACCAACUGAACAAACUUGAAGCAGACUUUCUAAAUGCUAUUGAAUGGAAUUUAUACAUUAAUGAAAAAACAUUUGAAAUUGGACUUUUAUGGCUCGAGAGACAAGUGGCAAUGAAGCAGGCUCUGAUGAGAGGAUUUUUUACAUAUACUGAUCUUUCAGUUACAUGCAACAAAACUUUAAUGAAUGAGUUAAUGAAGUCUGUCUGCUGUGCCUGCUUCACUCUUACCCUUAGUUAUUUGAGCAGUUUCUUAACUUUAGUCACUUCAACUUUGGUUGUAUCAAAUGUUUGGCUUCCAAGUCUAGAAGUUGUUGCCACUAGAGGAAGCAUUGCAACUGAUAUUUCCUCCCACUCAAUAUCUACUAGCGACAUGUAUUUACAACCGCAACUUUUUAACACUACUUUAGCACAAAUUGCUGAAAUUAUUGUUGAGGAAAAUGUUGACUCACAAUUUAUAAAGUGUUGUGUGAACUGGCAAAAGUAUCAUGAUAAAAAUGAAAACAAAAAGAAUUGGUAUUGGGGUGUUGUCGCAUAUGAUUUUAAAUCAUUUCAAACAUGGUGGUCUAAAACAUCCAUUUUGAAUUGGCUGUAUCAAAGUUCUUUGAUUAAUCCGAUACAAAGGUGGUUAGAGAAAAUAAAUAAAUAUGCAGAUUUUAUAAAAGACAACCUAGACAGCGAGAGGAAAUCGAAGAAACAAUGUAAAGAUACUUUCAUGAAGGUUAGUGAUAAAGGGUACUGUUUCCAAAAACGUCUCAACUAUAGCAAACUUAAUAUUUUUACAACAUCCAUGUCCGAUCGAUAAUUUUUUUCUUUUUCAUUGUUUUAACAUCCAAUUGUUAGGUGGCGACAAUUGAAAGUUUAAAAUUACAAAAUAAAACUGAAUGUUUUUAAUUGUA